AUGAUUGCCGAUGAAAGAAGUCACAUUAAGAAACUUGGCAUUCGACGCAUAUUAAAGGCUAAAAAUCAACCACCAGAGAAAUUGCGAAUAUUUAAAAUUCCGGAUAUAAAUUGGAAUGCCGAGGAUUACACCGAGUUAAUUAAUUGGAGCGAAUGCUCCAUCACAGAGCCCCCAUUGACAAUGGACAUUAAAAAUGAAGAUUUCUUAGCAGCUAUAAAGAACUUAUCCGCAAUUAAUAUAAGCAAAUUACCAUGUCACACUCAAGUCGUUGAGCGGUGCAUAAAACUGGUGACAGAAGCAUCUAACAAAGUGUGCGAACACUCAGCUAGAGACGGUUUUAUAAGAAGUGAGCCGGAUCAAUUACUGUCUGUAGAAGAUAUCGGAUUUUUGCCAGAGCCAUCAACAAAUCAUGUAGAACACAGUGAACAAGAUGGUAAAGUAAAUGCUGGUGAACUGACUUGA